AUGUGCCGUUGUUUGAUGAACAACGUCCUGUCUCAUCUCACAUUGCGAAAUGUAACAGAGUUACCACAUGGAGAGGAGGCCUCGGAGCUGCUCAGUUGUGACGUCUGGAAGGAACCUCUGCCUCUUGGUUCGGAGCGGUUGAGAGCGUUGCUGCGGAUCAACAACUUCAGAGACGAGCUGCGCGCCCUCAGGCACCACUUUCUGGGCACCAGAGAGCUCAGGGUGGUGACAGCGACAUGGAACGUGGCGGGCAUAUCGGACCCGCCUGCCCACCUGGACCUCACGGACUGGCUCUCCCUGCAGCAACCAGCCGACAUCAUCGCCAUCGGCUUCCAGGAGAUAGUCCCGCUGAGCACGGGCAGUGUGUUGGGGAUGGACUCAGAGGAAGCAGUGGGGCAAUGGGAGGCCCUCGUGCGCCGCCAGCUCAACACCGCCGCUGCUAAGGCUGCCAAGAAGGCUGCUGCUAAGGCUGCUUCCAGAGAGUCUUGCAAGGCUGAUGAACCCGUCGAGGGGAAGGUCGAUGGGGCAGAGCAGGCAGUGGCAGACGGAGGCAGCAGGGCUGGAGCUGGUGAUGAUGAGACUAGCAGCAUGACCAGCAGCAGCAGCUUCCGCUUUCCCUCUGCUUCUGACGCCUCCAAAGGGUCACUUGAUGAGAGUGCUGCUGCUGCUGUGGCUACAGAGUCACAUGGCGGUGCUGCUGCUGCUGCCUCCAUGAGUCCAGCUGAUUCUAGCGCUGCUGCUCCUGCUACAGCUGAGUGGGAGGGGGAUGCUCUGCAGCAGGGGGAACAUGCAGAUAAGGCACCCCUGGAUAAGAUCCUGCCUGAAGAUUUGAUCAGUGUGCCGCUCACUCCUGCUGAGCCCAUCUUUGCAGAUGGAGGUGGAUAUGGUGGGGAGGGGGGUGGCGUUGGGGGGGAGGAGAGGGGGGAUGUGCGAGAGAGUGAGGGGGGGAUGGUAGGGGGGAAGUCUGGGGAAGGGGAAGGCGCAGGAGUGGAUGGGGCGACGGGAGGGGAAGAGGAGGGAAGGGGAGGGGAGAUGGAGGAGGAGUGGGAGGGAGGGGAGGUGGAGGAGGCUUAUGUGAAAGUGGCAGGGCGGCAGAUGGUGGGGGUCUAUCUGAUGGUGUGGGCGCGCAAGGGACUGAGGAGGCACAUUCAUAGCGUCAAGGCCAGCACUGUGGGCUGUGGGCUCAUGGGCAUUCUUGGCAACAAGGGCUCUGUUGCAAUAAGCAUGUCGGUGCACGAAACCUCAUUCACCUUCAUCUGCGCCCAUCUCAACGCGGGGGAGGAGCGCGCCGACGCUGCCCGCCGCACAUUUGACUUCCUCGAGAUUCUUCGCCGCACCGCCUUCCCCAGAGAGCUGCCGGACCCAUGGACAGCCAGGCUGGCAGAGACCAUCACGGAACACGAUCGCGUAUUCUUCUUUGGAGAUCUCAACUACCGCCUCGAGCUGCCGGAUUUGGAGGCGCGUGCACUGCUGGCCAAGCGUGACUGGGAGGCGCUGCUGCAGCACGACCAGCUGCGGUGGGAACUGUCAGAGGGAGGCGCACUCCCAGGGUGGCGAGAGGGUCCCAUCUUCUUUGCCCCGACCUACAAGUAUGCAGCGGGCAGCAACCGGUACGUGGGGGAGGACGAGGAGGACGGGGAGAAGCGCCGAACCCCCGCCUGGUGUGACCGGGUCCUCUGGUACGACUCGGGGGACGCCACUGACAGCCUCCCCCCCACCAGCAUCAGCAUCCCCAGCCCCAGCACCACCACCACCACCACCGGGAUCGCCAGCAGUGGCAGCAUGAGCAGCAUGGGGGGGUAUGCGAGUGAUGCCUUGCAACUGGUGUCGUACUCGCGGGCGGAGUUGGCGCUGUCGGACCAUCGGCCGGUGGCGGCGGUGUUUGCAGUGCAGGUGGAGGCGGUGGAGAGAGAGAGGUUUGAUGCUGCCGUGGCUGUGGCGUGCCGGCAGCUGGACGAGCGGCAGCAGCUCGCCAUUCCGCAUUUCUCUCUCAGCGCUCAUGCCGUGGAAUUCGGAGAGGUGCCCUACGCCUCUGUAAUCCGGCGAACCAUAGAGCUGCACAAUCUCGGCACGGUGCCCGCGCACUUCUCCGUGGCCCCGGCAGGCAGCACAGACACCGCUGCCCCCGGCCCUGCAGGGGGGUGCGGGGCAUGGGUGGUGGCAGAACCAGCAGCAGGGGCAGUGGCACCAGGCCACACAGUGACUCUCAGCCUGCACACCUGGGUGGCUGUGCCGGGCACGCGGGUGGAUUUGUUGGUGGAUCGCGGGGGGCUGCUGGAUUUGAUUUUGGUGGUCGCGAUUGCGGGCGGCGGGGACCUGUUUGUGGCGUGCUCUGGGAGCUACGUGCCGUCCUGCUGGGGCCUGCGCCUGGAGGCCCUAGCAGGUCUCAAGGACCCCAUCCGCUCGCUCUCUCUCGACGCCAUCGCCACACGCCAGCGAUCCUCCCUCCGCCACAGCCGACCUACAGCUGCUGGCAGCAUCCCAGAAGCCUCCGAAACUGACAACGCCGAUGACGACGAUAACUCCGCUUCUGCAGGCGGGGAGGACGAUCGGCCAUUAGGAGCAGCGGCACGGGCAGCAGCUGGAAACCCAUCCCAUGCAUCAGACGCGUUUGAGGUGCCCAAGGAGGUGGCUCGCAUGCUCACCUUCCUUCUGGACUCUGGCCAGGACAUCUCCUCCGCCUUUGACCCCAUCGCUCUCGGCAUCGACCUCUCUCUUGACCAGGACGACAGCACCCGUGCGCCCCCCUUCCCCUCCUCGCACUCCACCCCGCACGGGCACCCUCACUCGCUCUCGCACGCUCGCAGCGCGAGUCUCUCGUCCGAUGUGCUGUCUGCUGCGGUUAGUUCCCUCUCCACCACCCCGGAAAGCAGCUUCAAUAGCAACCCUGGCAGCAGCAGCAGCUCUGGCGGCAGCAGCAGCUUCGCCAGGAGCAGCAGCAGUGCUGGGGCUGGUGCAGGCGGUGUGCUGCCUCAGCUAUCCCGCACCUUGAGUCGGGGCGGGGUGGCAGGGCUCUCUACCGCUGCUGCUCUGGCUGUAGCUGCUGCUGCUGGCGCUGUGGGUGCCGCAGCAGGGGCAGUGGGCGCUGCUGCAGCAGACCUCGCAGCAGGAGGAGCCACGGCAGCAGGAGGAGGCGGAGCAGGAGGAGCAGGGGCAGGAGGAGCAGGAGGAGCAGGGGCAGGGGAAGGGGACGGGCCAGGGUCGACUCAGUUCCUAGCGGCCAAGGCAGCAGCACUGGGUGCAGUAGCUCAGGAGCUGCAGAUUGCACCCAUCCGUCUCGCACUCGACACCGGCACACCCUUCCCCACCGAAACCUCCCCGCUUACCAUGGCUCGUGCGCUCGUCUCGUUCCUCUUAGCCCUUCCUGAGCCUAUUAUUCCCCCGAGUGUGGGGGAGGAGGUGGCGUGUAGGGAGGGGUGGGCAAGGGGUGCUGCGGCUACGCUGCUGGCGGAGCGGUUGGGUGCGGUGCAGCUGGGUGUGGUGGACUCGUUGCUGGCUCUCAUCCAGGCGCUGCUGCGGAACCGCAUUGCGAAUCGACUCGCCAUUCAUGAGCUGGGCACCUAUUGCUUAUGCGAAAGCCUGCCUGUUGUGUUUUAG